AUGAAUAAUAGCAGUUUAUACUUUCCUAAUGACAAAAAGAGAUUGGAUGCCUUGGAUAACAGGCAACUAGAAAUCGAUAUUGAUCAACCACCACCAUAUGAAGUCGCUUCUUCUUCACGUACGCAACAAUCUUCUA